CUUUACGGCUAAACUAACCGUAUAAGAUUUUCCUUCUCUCGACAAGUUGAAUAUCCCUUCAAUCGUAAAGUCAUGGCGCCGAAACCAAUUAGUCCCAACGAACAUCUGGUCAUACCUGAGUGGAUAAAUGAGGAGUACUUUUUGCCCAUUCUGAAGAAAGAUGUCAAAGACUUCGAUAAAAUUGUCAACUUCACACCAAUUGCAGCCACGGCUCCUGGAGAGAACUACACCUCGAUUAUGGUCAGGAUUUUGAUGGAUAUUUUGGUGAAAGAUGGCAGCGAAAAAAGGAUCUCGUAUAUACUGAAAACCGGGUUGGACACUAACAAGGGUGGCGCCAUGGUUGAUCAGAUGGGACUGUUUCCCAAGGAGAUGGAGAUGUACCAGACUUACAUACCCCAGUUUGUGAAACUGUACAAAGAGGCUGGGUUGGAUAUCGAAUUGGCCCCCAAGUGUGUUCACUACGAGGAGAUAAAGGAUAGGAUUACCCUAGUUUUCGAGGACCUGAGUCGUCAGAAUUUUCGGAACAUUGAUCGCCUCAAGGGCUUUGAUCUGCCGCACAUCAGUUGUGUCCUCCGAAAACUGGCAGAACUUCAUGCAGCCUCGGCUGUCUAUCGAACAGUGAAUGGACCCUACGAUGAGCGAUACUACAAUUCCCUGUUUGUGGAGGAGAACAGGGAACUCUUUACCUCCUUAUCUGAGAGCAAUACUGCCACCUUUAUGAAGGCAGUUAAGGAAUGGGACAUUCCGGAAUCCGAGAGAUUUAUCAAAGAGUUUCCUUCGGACACGGAUGCCUUCGAGGAGGGAAUUCGCCUCAAUAAGGUGGACGAGAGCGAGUUCAAUGUACUGAACCAUGGCGACUCCUGGUCGAAUAAUAUAAUGUUUAACUACAAGGCUAACGGGGAGAUCGACAGAACCGUCUUUGUGGACCUUCAAAUGGCCAAAUGGGGCUCUCCCGCCCAGGAUCUGUGGUACAUGAUCGUCACAUCCGCCUCGUUGGACAUUAAGGUCACGGAAUUUGACCAUUUCAUACAGAUCUAUCACAACCGCUUGACCGAGUGCCUGCAGCUCCUAAACUACUCGAAAAGGAUUCCAACCUUGAGGGACUUGCACGUAAUGAUGAUAAGACGCGGUUCUUGGGGCAUCUUUACAGCCACUGGAGUGAUGGUGGCCACUCUCAUGCCCUCAGACAAGGACUCUAAUAUGGGAAAUAUGAUGGGUGAAGGUCCUGAAGCUGAAGCCCAUCGCUACAAAACCUAUACAAAUCCGUAUUAUGUCAAAGCCAUGCGGCAAUUGCUACCUUUUUUCCAUAGGAAGGGUAUUUUAGAUUAUUAGUUUAUAGGGCUUUUUAUAAAAAAUAAAAGAAAACAAGAAAGAAGUCU